AUGGGAAAUGAUCGUGAUCAAUAUCUGUCAUUUUUAAGAUCAUUGGAUAAUAGUGAAUUAAUUCAAUAUAUUAAUAGUUUAAGUCAAUCACAAUCAUCACAACUUCCACCUGUUCUUGCUAGUAGUCGUCAACAAAUUAUUGGUCCAACUACCCUUGAAUCAGAGGGAAUCACUUCCACACCUAUAAAAAGAUCUAAUCAUAAGAGAGAUACUAGUCAGAACGCGUCAUUAAUAAGCUCUGAUCCAUUUAAUGAUGAUUUAGAUGAGAAUGAUAUAUCAGUACGCGUACCUGCCAAUGAAGAUGAACCCGAAGAAGAAGACAAUGAAGAUGAAAAAGAUAAUACCGUGGGAUCAUUACAUGGAUUUGGUGAUUAUGCCACUUAUUUCCAUAAUAAACAUCUCAAACAACAAAAAUUAGAUCAAGAAUAUAUAAAUUGGGAUGCAGAACGAAGAAAAACGUUAAAUUUAUCCACCACUUCCAAUACGGUAUUAUCAUCAACUAUAUUUGAAUCAUGUAUAAUCUUUGUCAAUGGUCAUACUAAUCCAUCCAUCAAUGAAAUCCAUCGAUUAGUGAUUUUAAAUGGAGGAAAAUUCAUAAGUUAUUUAACUAAGAAAUCAGCUGCAACUCAUAUAAUUUGUUCAAGAUUAACUCCCAGAAAGAAAAUUGAAUUUAGAAAUUAUAAAAUUGUUAAACCAGAAUGGAUUGUCGAUUGUAUAAAUCAAGGGAAAUUAUUAGAUUGGAAAUUGUAUCGAAUUAUUGAAGAUAUUGAUUAUGGUCAAAAGAGAUUGAAUUUUAAUAAUAAUGAUGAUGAUGAUUCCAACGACGACCCAAUUCUUCCCGGUCAACAAGUGGUUAAUGAUAGUGAUUCAGAUGAGGUUGAUGAAAAUCAAAUGUUACCAUUAACUCAACCCGAUGAGGAAAAAGAACCCAAUUCUCAAUUCUCCUUACAAGACAUCAACGAAGAAGAACAAAAGGAUAUGGAAAAGGUAUUUGAAAAUUCAAAUUCAAAAAGUGUUGAUGCUAAACAUCCUGAUUUCUUAAAACAUUUCUUCGCUAAUUCAAGAUUACAUCAUUUAAGUGUUUGGAAAGCAGAUUUAAGAUUGAAAUUCUUACGAAAAAUCAUUAAAGAUCAAUCAAACUCCAUGACUCUGAAACAUAAUACUAAGAAGAACAAUAAACGUUCAAUCAUCAUGCAUAUUGAUUUCGAUUGUUUUUUUGCAACUGCUUCAUGUUUGAAUCAUCCUAAAUUAGAUAUUAAUAAAGACCCAAUAGCCGUAACUCAUGGUUUAAGAACUUCAGAUAUUGCAAGUUGUAAUUAUGUGGCACGGAAAUUUGGAGUUAAAAAUGGGAUGUGGGUUACAGGGGCAUUAAAGCUUUGUCCGAACUUGAUUAAAUUAGAUUAUGAUUUCGUCAAUUAUGAGAAAUAUUCCAAUGAAUUUUAUAAUUAUUUAUCUACUUAUAAUGAUAAAUUCGAUACUAUUUUCCCCGUUUCAAUUGAUGAAGUUUUGGUUGAUAUCACCAGUUAUUGUGAAGAUCAUGAUGAUGAUGAUUUACAAACUUUAAUUGCUGAUUUAUGUACUACUAUUAGAAGAGAUAUUUUCCAAUUAACUAAGUGUACAGUAAGUAUUGGAGUGUCAUAUAAUGUAUUACUUGCCAAAUUAGCUAUUAAAAAGGCCAAACCUGAUGGAUAUUAUUUCUUACAUGAUAAUAUUGAAGAAUCCAUUAAAUCAUUUUCAAUUAAAGAUUUACCUGGUAUUGGAGGAAGUAUAAUGGAGAAAUUAUCCACCAUGUUACAAAAAUCAGAUCGUAUAUUAAUUGAAGAUAUUUUAUCAUUUUCAAAAUCAAGAUUAAUAACUGAAUUCGGGGAUAAAACAGGAACGAAGUUAUAUCAAUUCGCCCGAGGUAUAGAUGAUACAUCGAUUCAAAUUGAUUAUUCUAAUCCUGAAGCUGUAUUAGGAAGGAAAUCAGUUUCAGUUGAUGUUAAUUAUGGGAUUCGAUUUGAAACUUUUGAUCAUGUUGAUGAUUUUUUAAUGAGAUUAGCAAAGGAAUUAUAUUCAAGAUUGGUAUCAUUAGGUAUUUGUGGAACCAAUAUAACUCUAAGAUUAGCUAGAAGAGCACCAAAUGCUCCAGUAUAUCCUCCUAAAUAUCUUGGUAUGGGAUAUUGUACGUACGUUAAUAAAUCAUCAAGAUUAGGAGUUCCUACGAAUGAUUGGGGAGUUAUUGGAUCUGAAUUAAAAGCAUUGUUUAGAAUGGUUACUGUUCCCGUUCAUGAAUUAAGAGGUGUAUCCGUUACAUUAACUAAAUUACAAGAUAUUGAAGGAUUGAAGAACAGUAAUCGACAAAUGAGAUUACCAUUUAAUCAAAUUAAAUUAGAUGAUCAAAAGCAGAAUCAAAGACAAGAAUUUUCUAAAGUUGAAAAGGUUAAGAUUCAACCUAUCACGAAACUAUCUCCUACGAAGAAUACGGCCACUACCACUUUAUUCAAUUUAAGUCCUAGUAAAAGACAAAAACAACCGAAAGUAUCAUUCCUUGAAGAUGUGAAUAAUAUAGAUUGGGAAGUGUUUGAUUCCUUACCAUUAAGUUUAAAACAAGAAAUCAAACAGGAAUUACAAUCAAGAGGAUUAGUAUCAUAUUCACCAGUAAAGAAAUCAAGAAGUCUGAGUCCGAUUAAGGGGAAUGGAAUAACUAAAGCUUAUAUGCAACAAUUAUUACCAAGUCAACUUGGAGCUGCUCCAAAAUAUGUGAGAGUGAUAGAUAAGGGAGUAUCACCUACUAGAAAGCGACUUAAAUUGAAAUCACCUCUGCCCCAGAAAGAUCCACCACCGAAGCAAGUUAGUUUUCAAGAUGAGAGUGAAGGUAGUUAUGAUUCAUCAAUAUUACGAGAAUUACCAAGUUCUAUAAGAGAAGAUGUAUUAAAGGAUUUAGAAUAUAAGAAGAAGAUUAAAAAAUUUGAUUUAAAACCAUUACGACAAAAAUUCAAUACUAAGAUUGAAAAAUCAGAAGUUAAGAUUAAACUGAUUAAUUUUGAAUUUAUAAAACAAUGUAAAUCAAUAAAUCCAUCCCCAAUAUUCAUAAACCAAGAUCCGAUAACGAAUAUCAUCGAGAUUAAACGAGAUCUUAAAUCUUGGAUUCAAACUUCUAUACCUCAACAAGGACCCCAUGAAGAAGAUAUCAAUGCGUUAAAAGAGUAUAUUAUGCUAUUAUUAGAUCAGAAAAACCUUACAAAAUGCUUGAUAUUACUUGAAUAUAUCGAAAGAGUUUUAAUUGCUGAAAAUAUUAACUUUGAAGUCAAUGAUAGUGUGGAAAGAAGUUCAAUUGAAGAAGGUAUUAAGGAUUGGUAUACCUCAUUAUUGCCCAUUAAACAUGUCAUAAUACAGUAUAGUAAGGAUAAUAAUCUACAAGAAACACUCCAGUAG